AGAAAAUUCGUUGAUGUAAAACUUUCGGACAAUCGCCGUCAAAAUUAUAGUUCUUUCAUAAAAACAGGAAAAUCAAAUAAUUCUUAUGUUAAGAAUAAGGAAAACCUUAUAAUUCUUGUCGUUGGUUCUGGCGGUCGUGUGCAUGCCAUCGCCUGGAAAUUGUCUCAAUCAACUAAAGUUGAACAUAUAUUCGUAGUCCCAGUUGGGAUUCAUUGUUUUGGCCCAUCUCCAAAAGCUGUUAUCAUGAAAGGUUCCAAACCAUUUUCCAAAAAUUUCAUGAAAAAGCAUAAUAUUCCUACUGCCGAUUAUGAGGCCAAAGAUUUUUUAAAAUUGGUUACUUAUAAUGUAGUAAUAAAGGCUUCAGGUCUAGCUAGAGACAAAGGCGUCCUAAUCCAUACUAGUAAACAAGAAGCUUUAGAUGCAUUGAAAAUAAUAAUGGUUGAUAAAGUAUUUGGAUCUGCUGGCAACGAAGUUGUUAUUGAAGAAUUUCUUGAAGGUCAAGGAUCGAAUGUCUUGACUUUUUCGAAUGGUUACACUCUUGUGUCUCUUCCUCUUGCUAAAGAUCACAAGCGCAUGUUUGAUGGUGAUCAG